UUGUCGUUGAAAAGAGGGUGAAAAUAUCAUGUGUAUGUUGUGGAUGAUUGUGGAGAGCAGUAUCUAUGAGUAUGAAGUAUCCCUGAAUUGGUGUGAGGUUUGAGGCAAGUUGAAAAUCAAUGGGAGUAGUAGUAGCAUUAUCACCAUCACCAUCACCACUUUCAGGGGGAAACCUUUUCUCCUCACUCCCCUCCACACCACCACCGACGCCCCCUCACCCUUCUUCCACCCCCCAACGCGUCAUUGCCUCCGACGGCGACCGCUCCGUCGUCGUCGGCGACUCCGGCGUAUCCUACCUCCUCCCCGGAGCUCCCUUCGAGUUCCAAUUCAGCUACUCCGAGACCCCGACGGAGAAGCCCAUCGCCAUCAGGGAGCCGGCGUUCCUGCCAUUCGCCCCGCCCACGAUGCCGCGGCCGUGGACGGGGAAGGCCCCGCUGAAGAGCAAGAAGGACAAGGAGAAGAAGGUGAGGCUGCUGGAGUCAUUGAACCCGCCGCGUCCCGAUACCAAUGGGGUGAAGCAGUUGGAGAUGGCGAAGCCAUUGAAGCUUGGUAAAUACUCCAGGGAUGGGAAGACGAGGGAGGAGAUACUCGGCGACCCCUUGAGGAAAUGGGAGAUAAGGAUGCUUGUUAAGCCUAUGGUCUCUGAUAAUCGCCAGGUUAAUCUCGGAAGGGAUGGAUUAACACAUAACAUGUUGGAGUUGAUACAUUCGCAUUGGAAGCGUAGCCCUGUCUGUAAAAUUCGUUGUAAAGGGGUUCCAACUGUAGAUAUGAAAAAUGUCUGUCACCACAUUGAGGAUAAAACAGGGGGGAAAAUAAUUCUUAGAGUUGGUGGUGUUGUUUAUCUUUUCCGUGGAAGAAACUACAACUAUAGUACACGCCCACUGUAUCCAGUGAUGCUCUGGAAGCCUGCUGCACCUGUUUACCCAAAACUUAUACAAGCUGCUCCAGGAGGAUUAACAAAAUCUGAAGCUGAUGAACUACGUCUGAAAGGGAAAAGUCUUUUGCCAAUAUGUAAAUUAGCCAAAAAUGGAGUCUACACCUCGCUUGUAAAGGAUGUCAGAGAGGCUUUUGAAGGAAGCCCUUUGGCGAAGAUUGACUGCAAGGGACUGGAGCCUAGCGACUACAAGAAAUUAGGUGCCAAGCUUAAGGAUUUGGUUCCUUGUGUUCUGCUGUCUUUUGAUGAUGAACAGAUAUUGAUGUGGAGAGGCAAAGAUUGGAAAUCAAUGUUCCCACAACCUCCUCCACUUUCUCGUCCUUCAGAAGCUGGCAUUACAGGGAAUUCGGACAGUACAGGGGAGACAGAAGAUGAUAAUCAAUCUGAACAAGAGGGCAACGUGGUGAACACAAGCCCAAAAAUGUUGUCUCUGUGGAAGUGUGCAAUCGAGUCGAGCAAAGCUUUGUUGCUGGAUGAGUUCAAUCUUGGUCCUGAUGCCCUCUUGGAGAAGGUAGAAGAAUUCGAAGGGGUUUCGCAGGCCAUGGAGCACUCCUAUCCAGCAUUGAUUUUAUCUAAUGAGAAUGAUGCUAAAGGUUCAAUUGCAAGCUUUGAAGAUGACAUAGACAGCUAUUCCAGUCAGGAUGGCUUGGCUACUGAAGACGAAGGCGAUGACGACAAUGAUGAUGAUUUCCUUGAAGAUGACUUGUUUGAUGUUGUGGACUCAUCUGCGGAACCCGGAUCAUUACCUAUUGAUUUUGUUGUCAACAAGCUGAAACCAAAACUAGAAGAAUAAUGCCUUUUAUAAUAUAUAUUUCUGGGACAACAUGAAGAUCUUGUUUAUUGAGCGAAAAUAGGGUGCAUCAUAUCUGAAAUGUAAAAAAGAGAGGGAAUAAGCAU